GCUGGGUAGGAGAGAGGGAUCCAUCCAUCUGCAGCCUGCAGGGACGACGACGACGCCAUCCAUUGUCGCCAUUAUUGGCCAACGAACAGCGCCGAAAACCGCCGGGGGUCCGGCCUGGAAGCGUAGGUAGGUUUGUCCGCCGAUCCUCGGUCGCCAUCCAUCCUCAUCCUGGGCUCCCCUCGAUCCAACAGCGGCACGCCAUGUGCUCCUCCUCCGCGAGCCGCCUCCCCUCCCUCUACACGCACGACUGCACUGUGCUCCUCCCUCGGAACGUGUUGACUACCGAUCCUCGCCUCGCCCAUUUCUUCUCCCUUCCAGCGAGUGCGAGCAGUGGGAGCCCAGGCGCCGGAGGAGAAGCAGCGGAGAGUGAUCGCCGCGCCCCUUCGCCGUCGCCGUCGCGACGAUUGCGUGGAAUUUCGCAACUAGUACUGUAAACUUGUGAAGAAAGGCUACUUGAGUUUUAUACCCAGUUACUCAAUCAUGUCAGACUGUGUCACGAAUAGAUUCAAUAAGAAAGAAGACUUCCAAGUUGUUUUGGGCAAAGGAAAUCCUGGAGAGUCAUCUUGCCAGCAACAUACCAAGUGGAUGGCACACUGGACCAGACCAAGCAGCAGUGCAUAUGGCAAGAGCUGUAGUCCGUUGGAGGAUGCCAACAAUAGCACCUGCACAAAAGAUUCUGAGACUUCACUUUUUGAGCUUAAGAAAUCCAGCAUGACCAAAAGGCUAAUGUUGGGAGGAAACUGUGAAGGAACUUCCAUGGAGAAGUUAAACUCUAACAUGUGGGGCGUGCCGCGUGAUGUUUGGCAAGAAACUGAACUGACGAAAAUUGAACGGCGAGAUGGGUCUUUUCAGAGUUCUGUUAUUCAGAUGCAGAAAGAUGAGAAUUUCUAUGCAAAGAGAGUUGUAUCAGAAACACUGUCCGUUUGCAGGAUUUCAGAUCUACCACUGGAUUUGCUGAAACUUGUGAGCUCAGACGAGAACCCUGAUUCACAUUUCAACCAGCUUCCUAUGUUGUCAUUCAGUCAAAAACUUGACAGUACACUCGGCCCAAAGCGGAAGUAUGCGACCGGUACUGUGUUCGACGAUCUCUUUGUGCCACAACAAAUUCCGAAGCUAAACGUGGGUCCAUCCAACUUGAUGGCAUGCUCGCAUCAGGAAUAUGAGCUGCAGUUUCCUCGAAUGACCGACAUGGUCAUGGAUCAUUGCAAACCUUCAGGGGACAUCAAAUAUCUCCUAGAAGACCCUGCCUGUCUCAUUUCUGAUCAUGCAGGGAAGAAACUGAAAGUUGACAGUAACUCAUCAUCAGAUUGUGGAAUGGAUGAGCAGGGUACAGGCCAAUAUUUUGCAAACCCAAAUAAGGAGCCACUCGGCAGAUGUGGCGAAAAGCAGUUCAACCUUUCAGAGAACAGUGCGAAAUUUACAGAAUCUGUUAAACAAAACGGUCCCUAUUUAUUUGAAAUGCUGACCAUGCCUUCCAAAUCACAAAGUACAUACGCAAUAGAUUCGCUGUCUUCUUGCAGUCCUUUAUUUGGAGCCCAGAACCACUUCUCACCUAAAACUAAAACGGUGCAUGGAGAUGCACAACAUGUGUCAAAAUCCUCAGCAGGCCUCGCUUCAUCGCCGAUGCAAAAGAGCAAUGACUGCGCAGAAAAAGCAUAUGAGCAGCUGGCUACUCUGUCCAUAGAAGGAUCACCAAGAUACAACAAAGAAAGCAGAUUUCAUAAUGCCAAUGCCAGUGCCAAUCAAUACGUUUCAUCCAAAGGAACCACUUCCAGCAACCAAGGACUCAGCACCCCCGGAACAGAAAUCAUGGACUUGGACCCCCCGCUGUUUCAAACCGGGACAGGAAAUCAAGUCCCCAACGACACAAUUGGAUCGCCAGCGGGUGCCGAUCCAAGCGACAAAUGGCUCAAACGCCUGCUCCAUGACACCACAGAUCCUCAUGUCCACCGUUCCAAGAGGCCCAGAACGGGAGACUGCCGUCCGGUUGGAGGAGCAGGUGGAAUGUCCGGCACCGACAUCGUCGUCGACCAUGUCGAGCCAAGGUGUGUUCACUGCUGGAUAGGAAGGCUGUGCCAGGGUGGUGGCCCCCCUGUUUCGCAUGGAGAACCAGAUGAAAGGGGAACAACAGCGAAGCCUGACGUCGUGGCCAGGGAAUUUGGAGGCCAUUUCCCGAGCAUCAAGGCGAUGGCGAUGAUGGGGCGGGUGAUGAGCAAGAUCGGGCCGUUUGAUCGUCAGAGGAAGGGGCCUUGGGUCAUGUGGAAGGCAGAGGACGGAGCCUGAAUGUCUGGCUAGCAGUUCAGUUCUCCUGUUUUGUGUGGUGUAAUUGUGACAAGUCUGCCGUUAUAUAUGCUCUGUGGUUUGUUCUAAAUAAUGCAAAUAAAGUGUAUAUAUGUGCAAAUCUUGUCAGCUA